UCCGAGUGGAACGCGGCGGGUGCCACGUGACUCGCCAAAGAUGGCGCCGUCCAGUGUAGCGGCUUGAAAGUUGUGGGAAGUCGCCGUCGCUGGGAUCGUGAGUCAGAAGCGAGGGGAACCUGAGAGCCAUGUCGCGUCUGAUCGUGAAGAACCUCCCGAAUGGGAUGAAGGAGGAGCGAUUCCGGCAGCUCUUUGCUGCCUUUGGCACGCUGACCGACUGCAGCCUCAAGUUCACCAAAGAUGGCAAGUUCCGAAAGUUCGGCUUCAUAGGUUUCAAGUCGGAGGAGGAGGCCCAGGCAGCACUGAACCAUUUCCACCGGAGCUUUAUUGACAUGUCCCGGAUCACAGUAGAAUUCUGCAAGUCCUUUGGCGACCCAUCGAAGCCCCGAGCUUGGAGCAAACAUGCCCAGAAGCCAAGCCAGCCCAAGCAGCCAUUGCAAGACUCCCUUCCCUCAGACACUAAAAAAGACAAGAAGAAGAAAAAGGUGUCCAGUGACCUGGAGAAGCUUAAGAAAGAUGCCGAGUUCCAGGAGUUCCUGUCAGUUCAUCAGAAGAGAACCCAAGUGGCCACGUGGGCAAACGAUGCUUUGGAGGCCGAGCUCCCGAAAGCAAAAACCAAGCCAUCAAGUGACUAUCUGAACUUUGACUCUGAUUCCAACUCCGACUCUGGGCAGGAGAGUGAGGAGGAGCCAACUGGAGAGGACCCUGAAGAGGAACAAGGUCUGCAGCCAAAGGCGGCCGUGCAGAAGGAGCUGUCAGACAUGGACUACUUGAAAUCCAAGAUGGUGCAGGCUGAGGUGUCCUCUGAGGAGGAAGAUGAGGACAGUGAAGACCAGCCAGUGAACUGUGAAGAAGGAAGUGAGGCUGAGGACGAGGAGGGCUCCCCUGCCUCCCCAGCCAAGCAAGGAGGUGUGAGCUGGGGAGCCAUGCCUAGGAGUCCGAGGCCGCAGGAAGCAGCUAGCAAGGUAGAGAAGUCAGCCAGCCAGAAGGAACCCACUACCCCCUACACUGUGAAGCUCCGGGGAGCCCCAUUCAAUGUCACUGAGAAAAACGUCAUGGAAUUUCUAGCUCCUCUGAAGCCAGUGGCCAUCCGAAUAGUGAGAAAUGCUCAUGGGAACAAAACAGGGUAUGUCUUCGUGGACCUCAGCAGUGAAGAAGAAGUAAAGAAAGCUCUGAAGUGCAACCGUGAAUACAUGGGUGGGCGCUAUAUCGAGGUGUUCAGGGAAAAGCAGGCCCCCACUGCCCGUGCUCUCCAAAAGAGCACCACCCCCUGGCAAGGCCGAACGCUCGGGGAGAAUGAGGAGGAGGAAGACCUGGCUGACUCUGGGAGGCUCUUUGUGCGGAACUUGUCAUACACCAGCUCUGAGGAGGACCUAGAGAAGCUAUUCUCUGCCUACGGCCCCCUGUCAGAGCUCCACUACCCCAUUGACAGCCUGACCAAGAAGCCCAAGGGCUUUGCUUUCGUCACCUUCAUGUUCCCUGAGCACGCUGUGAAGGCCUAUGCUGAGGUAGAUGGGCAGGUAUUCCAGGGCAGGAUGCUCCAUGUCCUACCUUCCACCAUCAAGAAGGAAGCCAGCCAGGAGGCCAGCACCCCAGGAUCCUCUUACAAGAAGAAGAAGGAAGCCAUGGACAAAGCCAGCAGCUCCAGCUCUCACAACUGGAACACUCUGUUUAUGGGGCCCAAUGCUGUGGCUGAUGCCAUCGCACAGAAGUACAACGCCAGCAAGAGCCAAGUGUUUGACCAUGAGACCAAGGGCAGCGUGGCUGUGCGUGUGGCUCUGGGGGAGACCCAGCUGGUCCAGGAGGUCCGAAGCUUCCUUAUCGACAAUGGUGUCUGCCUGGACUCUUUCAGCCAGGCAGCAGCGGAGCGAAGUAAGACUGUGAUCCUGGCUAAGAACCUCCCAGCGGGUACACUGGCGGCCGAGCUACAAGAGAUCUUCAGUCGCUUCGGCAGCUUGGGCCGCGUCCUUCUGCCUGAAGGUGGUAUCACGGCCAUCGUAGAGUUCCUGGAGCCGCUGGAGGCCCGCAAGGCUUUCAGGCAGCUGGCCUAUUCCAAGUUCCACCAUGCCCCCCUGUACCUGGAGUGGGCUCCAAUUGGUGUCUUCAGCACAGCCCCCCAGCCUGAGCAGCCUGCAGAGAAAGCCGAGGCGGAGCAGGAGACUGUACCAGACCCAGAAGGUGAAAAGGCUUUGGUGGAAGGAGCAGAGGCCUCCACAGGCAAAAUGGAAGAAGAGGAGGAAGAGGAGGAGGAGGAGGAAGAGGAAGAGAGCAUCCCAGGGUGCACUUUGUUCAUUAAGAAUCUUAACUUCGGCUCCACAGAGCAGACACUGAAGGAAGUGUUUUCCAAAGUAGGAGCUAUAAAGAGCUGUACCAUCUCCAAAAAGAAGAAUAAAGCAGGAGUGCUCCUCUCAAUGGGGUUUGGGUUUGUGGAAUACAAGAAGCCAGAACAGGCCCAGAAAGCCCUCAAGCAGCUCCAGGGCCAUGUUGUGGACGGCCAUAAGCUGGAAGUGCGGAUCUCCGAACGGGCCACUAAGCCUACCUUGACAUCCACUCGGAAGAAGCAGGUCCCCAAGAAACAGACAACCUCCAAGAUCCUGGUGCGGAAUAUCCCCUUCCAGGCCAACCAGAGGGAGAUCCGAGAGCUUUUCAGCGUCUUCGGAGAAUUGAAGACAGUGCGCCUGCCAAAGAAGAUGACAGGUACAGGCGCUCACCGGGGUUUCGGCUUUGUGGACUUCAUCACCAAGCAGAAUGCAAAGAAAGCCUUCAAUGCGCUGUGUCAUAGCACACACUUGUACGGCCGCAGGCUGGUUCUGGAAUGGGCAGACUCAGAGGUGACUGUGCAGGCCCUACGGAGGAAGACGGCCAGGCACUUCCAAGAACCCCCGAAGAAAAAGCGGUCUGCGGUGUUGGAUGGGAUCCUGGAGCAGCUGGAAGAUGCGGACAACGAUGACAGCGAGCAAACUCCCCAGCUGUGAGCUGGCACUGCCAGGGUGUGUGGCUCCAGGGCCUCGGGCCCAGGCAGUGCGGUACAGGAGGUCUCCAUGGGUCAGGACCAAAGGAGAUAAAAGCUCGUGGCAAGUACGGGACAUGAGAACAACUUUUCUGCAGACUCCACUCAAGGCAGAGGACCCAGUGCCCCCUUCUGACUUCCACAGGCAAUUGCACUCAUCUGGCACACAAAGAGAGAUACACAUCAAUAAAAAUAAGUAUUUUGUUUUUUUUUUUUAGAAAAUCCCCACAUCAGAUGCAAGACAGCCCCCUCCCCAUGUGUCACCUCGCCUCUGCCACCCCCCUGUCCUGCACCCUCCCCACAGUCUGCAGCCCCAGCCACCACUCAGGACGGCUGGGGCAGGAUCAGCUGGGGCUGUGCAUUCAGGCUUUGCUGAACAGAGCCGAGCUCAGGCUCAACAUCUAAUUCAAUUUGUUCUGCUGAGAUUGAAAUAUGAAAUGGUUGCCAGUCAAAAACGUUCAAAGGACGGGGAAGGAGGGAGAGGGUGCCUGCUGGAAUUUAAAUUUUAAUGAAAAUGACUUUAACCCUUCGGUAAGGCCUGGAGUAAAUGGACCUCUCGAUUGGGUCCCAGGAAUGAAGCCUCCCAGGCUCUGCCUGCCUGUUCCCUCUCUCUCAGCCUCACUGGGAAUGGCUAGGGGGUUUCCCCUGCAGAGUCGCUUCUUAAAGCUUGGGCUGCUUCUACCUCCUGUAACAUGCCUGCCCUGCUGCUGGGGCCCACUGAUGUGAGCACCUUCAUCUCCCCACCCUCUUCAGGACACAUCAGCCCCAUCAGAGCUGGUGACACUGAGUUCCUCCUUGUUUGCAUGUAUUCUAGGUAGGACUGUGCUGCCCAGGCUCAUCCUGCACUCCUGGGCUCGGGCCACCCAAGCCUCCAGACAUGGGGCCCUGCGCCCACUCCUGAUCCUGGCAGGCCCUGGGGACUUGGUGUUUGAAAUGGAGAGGAGAGUCUCUCUCUCUCUCUCUCUCUCUCUCUCUCUCUCUCUCUCUCUCUCUCACACACACACACACACACACACACACACACUCCUAGUUUCUCAGAGCAUCCUAGAGGUGGGUGAUAAUCCUGCAGUACCAACGCUGCACAGAGGGUUGGCACACUUCUGCCUGGCAGUGGGGACAAGCAGGCUUCCAGACCACCAUCCAGACAGCCCAGAAACAGGAAGCCUGAGCCCAAAGCAAGGGAGGACAUGAGUCCACACUGACUUUAUUAUUCAAUUCAUGAAGUCAUUUCUCGGGUGCUUGCCACAAACAGAUCCACAGGUUUUCCAGGCUCAUUGGCUAAAAGGUGCUUGCUGAGAAGCCUGACAGCCUGAGUUCAAUUCCUGAGCCCCAGUGGGAGGAGAGGACAAACCCCCACACGUUGUCCUCUGACCUUCACACAUGCAUUCACAUGUGACCACACCAAAAAGUGUGAAAACUCUAAAUGUAUAUAUUUAUGUAUCAAAUUAUAUUUUAAUACAUUUAUAUAUUGAAUGUGUA